AUGCAUUGUUCAAUCCUCUCUAUUUUGCGCCUGGAACAUCCAUUUAAACUCCCUGGUUUCUCCUAGACUAAAAGUCUCUUGCAAAUAAACCCCCUUCCCUUAAGAUUGUCGACCUUAUAAUGUCUGCAUUUGGAUCCGGAACUGCUUCUACAACCAGUCACAACCCUAACAAAUCAGUCGAGGUGGUUAGUCCUCCGGGAGAUUCCGUUUCAAGUCUUUGUUUUAGCCCUAAAGCCAAUUUCCUUGUUGCUACAUCUUGGGAUAACCAGGUAAGAUGUUGGGAAAUAACAAAGAAUGGUAUGACUACCAGCAGUGUUCCCAAAGCGUCAAUUUCACAUGAUCAGCCGGCCUUAUGUUCAACUUGGAAAGAUGAUGGAACCACAGUCUUUUCUGGAGGAUGUGAUAAACAAGUCAAAAUGUGGCCGUUGUUGUCUGGUGGCCAACCAGUGACUGUAGCUAUGCAUGACGCACCUAUAAAGGAAGUUGCGUGGAUUCCUGAGAUGAAUCUUUUGGUUACAGGAAGCUGGGACAAGACUUUGAAGUAUUGGGAUACUAGACAGUCAAACCCAGUACACACGCAACAACUCCCAGAUCGUUGCUAUGCUCUUGCUGUGUUGCAUCCACUACUGGUUGUGGGAACGGCAGACAGAAACCUAGUUGUCUUCAAUUUGCAGAAUCCACAGAUAGAGUUCAAGAGGAUCACUUCACCCCUAAAAUAUCAGACAAGAUGUGUUGCUACCUUUCCUGAUAAACAAGGCUUCUUGGUUGGCUCAAUUGAAGGAAGGGUUGGUGUACACCAUCUUGAUGAUUCCCAACAGAGCAAGAACUUUACUUUCAAAUGCCACAGGGAUGGAAAUGACAUAUACUCUGUCAAUUCUUUAAACUUCCACCCUGUGCAUCAUACAUUUGCGACAGCUGGAUCUGAUGGCGCUUUUAACUUUUGGGAUAAGGAUAGUAAACAACGACUCAAGGCUAUGUCAAGGUGCAAUCAGCCGAUACCUUGCAGUGCUUUCAAUAAUGAUGGCUCAAUCUACGCUUAUUCGGUGAGUUACGACUGGAGUAAAGGUGCUGAGAACCAUAAUCCAUCAACUGCCAAACCUUCUAUUCUACUGCACUUAACCCAGGAUUCCGAGGUUAAAGCUAAGCCGCGAACGAACAGUGGUAGGCGAUGAAGAAUAGAUAAACACUCGUUCUUUAUGACAUUGAUUGUGUAUUAGACAUUCAUGUUUCUAUGGAAGCUGAUUUUGGUUAUUUCCAUUCCUCUUUAUCGCUUUACACAUUAUUUUGAAAUUUCAAUAGAAAAAUCUGUUGAUGGAGGCUUUUGUCUACAUUCCUUUUAUGUUUUUUUCUGCAUUUUGGUUUCGAUGCUAACAUGCUUUGAUUUAGUUGACAAUUACUUUCAUUUUCGGUAAUAAGAGAUUUUUCCAAAUGUCUA